AUGUCGUUCAAGUCUCCCUCCCCAUUCCCUCUCCAGGGCCGCUACGCCGACGGUAACAGAUGGGAGACCCUCCGCGGGCCCGGUGAUGCCCGCCCGACCGCGCUCCAGAUCAUCAAGGACGAGGGCCUCGUCUCCUCGCUCGCCGAUAAGGUCAUCUUCGUAACGGGCGCGUCCUCCGGGAUGGGGCCGUAUAUGGUCCGCGCGCUUGCGGCCACGGGCGCUACUAUCUACGUUGGGGCGCGGGAUAUCGACAAGGCCAAGGAGGCCAUCGGCGAGGACCUUAUCGCUAGUAACGACGACAUUAAUGGCAACGAUAACGGCAGCGGUAGGGUGCAUAUACUCCAUCUCGACCAGGCAGACCUUUCGAGCGUGCGAGCGUGCGUAGCCGAGUUUAUCAAGCACGUCGCUUCCUCCUCUUCCGCGCAGGGCAAGCAGAAGGGGCCGCAGCUUAACAUCCUUAUUAACAACGCUGGGGUUAUGCGCACGCCCGAGCAGCGCACAAAGGACGGGUACGAGCUACAGUUUGCGACUAACCACCUAUCGCACUUCUUGCUCUUCUGGCUACUCAAGGAUAUAAUGCUUGCUAGCGCGACGCCAGAGUUCCCUUCGAGGGUCGUUAAUACGACAUCCGCAGGUCAUAAGGCUGCUCCCCUCGACCUGGAGGCCUUGAACCCUGAGAAGGAGGGCGCGUACGAUCCCUGGAUAGCAUACAUCCAGUCCAAGAUUUCAAACAUCUAUAUGGCCUCGCAAAUCACCCGGCUCCACGGUAACCAGAAUCUCUAUGGCUUUAGCGCGACGCCAGGCUCCUUUGUGAGCCCGAACCUCCAGCAGCACUGCACCCCCGAGGAGUUGAGCGGCUGGAAGUCGGACCCUAGGCUCGCCGUGUCGUAUUAUAACUACGAGCAGGCAUGCGCGACGGCCGUCUACGGGGCCCUGGCACAGGAGCCUAUCAACUUCGUCAAGGCACAGAACCGCGGCAAAGGUGAGGCCAGCACGGGUCUCUAUCUAGAGGGUAGCGCCGUAGCAGGACCGGUGCCUAAGGACGCGGUAGAUCUGCUCGAGUACGGCCAUGCCGAGUGGGCAUUCGACGCGGACAAGGAGGCCAAACUAUGGAACUUGAGCAAGAAGCUCGUCGGCGUCGAGCAGACGAUCGGGACCGUUGAUGAAGUAUCAAUGUGA